AUGGCGCCUUUUAUUUUUAGCUCUCUAUUUUCAAAACUUCUCUUUCUCGCAGCUUCUCUGUAUUUCCUCUUCAGAAACAAAACCCUAGCCUCCAUCCUCCAUCCUCUAGUAGCCAUACAUGAUGAUGAUAGAAACCAUGAAAUCCUCACACAUGUUGUUUUUCAGUUUAUAUCUUAUGAGGUCUGACAUAUAUAUUUUCAGGUCUCGCCUGGAUUUGAGAUUUGGAAGCAGAAAACGAGAAGGCUAAGAGGAUGGUGAAGGACGUGGCAACUUACUUCUUUAUUGCUUUGGGUGCUUUUGUGUUCUGGCAAUCCAUGGAUGAAGUCCACGUCUGGACGAAGAGGUAAAAAUCUCUUCUUUCUCAUGCCUACAAAUGCAAUUUCUCUUUUAGAUUGGACUUAUAAUUUGGGUGAUUAGCAAUUUUUUAUUUUAAGAAUUUGAUUGACAAGCCAAGUAGGGCUUUUGCUGUUUGUCUUCCAAGUAUGUGGGCAAGCCAAUUAUCCGAGUUUUCAUUUCAAUUAGGGAUUUUGCUUGUCGAGAGAGACUCAGAGAGAAAAGGGAAUCAGAAUCGAAUUCAGUGUCUUAGGGUUAGGGCUUCCAAUCAUUAUAUUGUGAUCUCCGUCGCCGAGUCCGAAAGGAGAAACCCCAGAAGGUAUUGAUUCACUUCUUGUUCCUUGCCAUUUUCGCAAUCAAAUUCUGAUUCUUUAUUCUCUAACUGCUAUCUUAUGCCUCAAUUCAGCUACUUAAGGUGAUUAGUGUGUAGGGGCAAAAACAUUUAUUCGGUAAUCCAAUGCAUUUUGUGUAAUUUCAAGUUGAUUAAGGUAGUUCUCCAAUGGCUAAGAAAUCUGUAGCUCAACGAAGGCUAACGAAACUCGAUGUCUAUCUUUACCUACCCAACAUGAUUGGGUACGUAAGGGUUCUUAUGAACUGUUUUGCCUUUGCCCAGUGCUUCUCCAACAAGCAGCUUUUCUCUGUUCUCUAUUUCGUCAGCUUUGUCUGCGAUGGGGUAGAUGGUUGGUGUGCUCGCAAAUUCAACCAAGGUAUGAGAUUCUGUGUAUCGUGUGAUGUCUUUUAUUGGAGGAGUAUUUCAUUUAUGCAUAUACACACUUGUACAAACAAAUUGUUGAACUUCUGUACGGAUACUGAGCAUAGGGUUGAUCUUACAAAAUGUCAACGUUUCAUCAGACAGCAAACUCUAACAAUUGAGUUAAGCGCAACAUCGUCCAGUUCUCUGUGAACUUGUGAUUUGACAUAUACUUCUCUGUGAACUUGUGAUUUGGCAUAUACUUUAACUUCUCUGUGAAGUUGUGAUUAUAUAGUUCAGUUUAUUUGAUAUAGUUGUCCUUAUCA